CUGAUUGUCCAGAAACUGGGAUCCAGCAAUCAAGAUUUCCUAGCUAUGAUCCCUUCCCACACUGAGUCUCACUCCUUCUGCUGCAUUCUCUAUAGCAAAGUAUCUCCAUAAAUGCAAAAUCCGACAAGGAAUAUGGGACCGGAGAUCCUCAUCACCGCAGGAGGAGUGAUGACCUGUCUACAAGUUCUGCUGCAGCUUUGUGGCCUUCCUAUAAUAGUGUCAGCUGUUCUGCAGCCCCCGAGGAACCUGCAAUUCUCUUCUAACAACUUUCAGCAUAUCCUGACUUGGGAAGACCCCAACAAUGAAUCGGCUGUCUACUACAAAGUGGAAUAUUCUAAAAACUACCGAGAAUUGGUCCCCACCAGAGAUUGCGCCAAUAUCAGCAUUCCCCGCUGUGACCUGACAAAAGAUUUCACAGACAUCUUUGGAAAUUAUGCGGCACAAAUCCAGAUCUUCACUCAUAAUGAUUCAUCAGUUCCAGUUUUCUCCCCAUCCCUGAACCCCAUAUCAGACACUUGGCUAGGCCCCCCCAUUGUGGAUGUUAUUUCAGAUGAUAAUGGAUUACAAGUUUCUAUCCGCCCUCCAGUCUCUCAUCUAUGGAGUGAAAAUGAGCAGCGCAAUGUUACCAUGCUGAGUGACAAUGUCUAUCCAUUGCUGUUGUAUACAAUUCAGUGGGUGAAGGACUCAGCACAGGCUUCCAUACAGGAAACCGAGACUGGUAACGGAAUUUAUACUGAACUGAUACCAGACAGUGUGGGAUGCAGUAAUUACUGUGUAUCUGUAAAUGCAUCUACUGACCUUAAUGACCAUUCAGUAGCAUCUCCAAUGAAAUGUAUCCUCACUAAACCUCCACGUGUAGGAUGUGAUGGAAGAGUCUAUUGGAUGGUUGUGAUAUUUGUGGUCGUCAUUCUGGCCGUUGGAUUGGCGCUGUUUACAAACUUUUUUUACCAGGCGGGAGGUAUCUGCAGGAAACAGAUCUUCACUCCAGAAGUGUUGGAAUCCUUCCCCUGGGUUAAAAGUUUUCUGGAUGACAGCAAUGAGUUAAGUCCCCUUGUCUAUAUCCCUAUGGAGGUAAUAAGGACAGAAAGCAAACAAGAACAAAUGAUGGAGCAAGGGAUGGGCACAAAUAUGUCUAUACGCACCAACAACGGGAUUAAAGUUUGAUAAAAACAUUUUCUCAUUUAGGCUUUUAAUCCUCCGAAGAAGAAGAACAGCGCAGGCAUUGAGUUUGCACUGGGGCCUGGAGCAUGGAAAGGGCCCAUUUCCAUCAAAUUAAAGAGGAACUCCAGCCUAAUGGAAAGCGUUGUGUUAUUUCAUAAGAAAUUAUUGCUAAAAUCUGUGAAGCUGAUUUCCUUUGUAAGGGAACCUCAGAACUUGAAGGCAAAUAUUAUCUUUUGUAUUAUGGGAGAGGCGUUGGUUUUCCUGUUUCAGAUCUGUUUUUUUUUUACACGACAUACUGUGAAAGAAUGACCAUGAAGAAGGCUUGAAGAGAAUCUAGAAUGGUUUCACUGAAGUCAAUUUAAUUUUAAGUUUAUAUGUUUUUAAACUGAUGUUUUGUAAUAUUUAUAUAAAAACUUUGUUUCACAAAUAAAUAUUUAAUAAAUGGUGUA